AUGAAUUAGAAAUCAAAUAGUUUAUUUGAGGCUUUUGAUAUAUUUGGAGCUCAUAUUCAUAUUAAAUAUAACAAAAAAACGGCCUUUAACACUAGGUUUGGAGGUAUAAUUACAUUCUGCUUAAGUGGUAUUCUAAUUAUGUAUAUUGUAAAUAUUAUAAAUGUCUAUAUUUCUCACUCAUAAGUGUAAGUUAUUUAAGAAAUACAAAAUUUGCCUAAUUCCAAUUAGUUCAAUCUAACUGUUAACAAUUUCUCCUUUAUGGUUGGAAUUACAGAUGUCAAUUUCACUCAAUUUAUUGAUGAAUCCGUUUAUACUUUAACCAUUAAGUAAUUUACAUAACAAAGAAUACUUAACCAGAAUACAGGAACUUAUGAUAAAACAUAAGAAUAUAGAUUAAUUAAGCUGUAAAGAUGUACAACAGAACAUUUCAAAAUAUAGUAAACAAAUGACUUCUUUUUAUAAUAAGAUUAUAAUAACUUUUAUUGCUUAAGUCUAGAUGAACAAUUACAACUUUAGGGUAUAUUCAAUUCAUAGAUCUUUCAAUAAAUUGAAAUAGAAGUUUCUUCAUGUUAAGGAAAUAAUUGUGCAGAUCCUUAAUAUAUUUCUAGCAAAUUAAAUAAUUGUUAUUUAUAAAUAUAUUUUGUUGAUAAAAAUGUGGUCACAACUGAUCUUAAAAACCCUUUUCAUCCUAUUGGUAGAUCAGUAUUUUACAUAGCUGGAAAGGAUUUUUCGAAAACAAUAAACUUAUAUUUUGCUUAGAAUUAAAUGUCUUCUGAUAAGGGAAUAGUAUUUGAAGACAUUAAAACAAAAGUAGAACUAACUUACAGCAUUGAUAGAGAAUAAGUAGUGUAAAAAUAUGGAAACAGAUUGUUUUUGCUUUAAAUUUCGCUUGAUCCUAAUAGAGAAAUAUUGUACUCAAGAAAAUAUUUAACUUUUUCUCAAGUCCUUUCAUAAAUUGGAGGAAUUUACAAUAUUCUAUUUGCGCUAGGUUGCUUUAUAUGUAGGCCAUAUUCUUAAUUGUAAUAUAAACGUAGUUUAAUAAACUAAUUAUUCGGUUUCUAGUAUUCUCUACCUGAAGAGUAAUCAGAUUAAAUUGGAAAUAACAAAGAAAAAAUAUUAAAAGAGUAAAAUUUGGAUUAGAAUACUGAUUUAAAUAAUUAUAAUGUUGGAGGUAAUUAAACAUAACUCCAAUAAAAGCGAAUUAAUUUAGAUAUUGAUAGCUAAAAUUGUAGCAAUAAUUAAAUAUUAUAUAGUAAAAACACUUAAUCACAGAAAAACUAAAAUUUGAAUGUGAUUUUAAAAUAGCAAAAAGAAAGUACAAAUAAAGAUGAAAAAAACCUCAAAAAAUUCUUUGAAUAAACUUUUGAAGAAAUGAAAACCAAAUCAUUUGAUUAUUUAAAGUAUUAUCUGGGCUUUAUAAUUUGUAAGAAGGCUAAAAGUUCCUAUGCAAUUGAAUAUGGAAUGUAAAAGUUGUACAAACAUAUCGAUAUAGUUUAAAUUAUAAAUAAAUUAAUAGAGUUUGAGAAACUCAAAAGACUUCUUCUAAAUGAAAAUUAAUUAAAAUUAUUUGAUUAUAUCCCUAAACCGAUUAUCAAAGUAAAUAAAUUGACAGGUUAGAUAAUAACUUAGAAUAAUUCAAAAGAUAGUAUUGAUAUUUUUUUUGAAGUCAAUAGAUCUCAAAUUUAGAAAGCAGAGGAUGCUUAAGAGGCAUAUAAUAACAUUUUUAAUUCUGAUUAAAAAAAAUAAUAGCUCGAUGAAAAAUUAAUAAGUUUACUUCAUCCUAAAUUGAUUGAGCUUUUUAAAUAGUAAUAGUUUGAUAAAUAAAAAAAAAUAGAAAAUAGAAAAUAUUUAAUGAAGUAAAGAAACUCAAAGUUAAAUAUUUAAAGUCCAAUAAAGUAAGCUUCUUAUUUUUUAGAGCGAAACAUAUAUCAGCAAUAUUUGAUGUAAGAUAGCUAAAAUUAUUUGACAGAGUAAUAGAUUUAGAUCUAAAGUCCUUUGUAAUUAUCAAAAUCAAAUAAUUAAGUAUUUGUAUUAAAAAGUUCUUCAGAAAUAAAAUCUUAAAUAUCAGUUUAAGAAGAGAUGCAAGAAGAAUAUUAGAGUUAAAAUGAAAACCAAGAUGUGUUCACUAAAUAUAGUAAAUAUCUUAAACAGAAACUAUGA